GUAGAAUCAGUCUAAUCAUGAACUGUCUGAAGAUUUGCGGUUUCAUUUUUGCCCUGAUUGCAGCUCUGGCUACAGCAGAGGCUGGCACUCAGGUGAUUAAUGCUGGCGGACACACCUUGAUCCAAACGGACAAGCAUCAGUAUAUUCGCAAGAACUAAAUUACAAUAAUGAAAUAAACAAAACAAAAACUAAAAUCGUA